CAAUAACAAAAGCCAAAGUAAAGCGAACCAAAAGAUAAAGACGAAAGACCUCUCUCUCUCUCUCUCUGAUUCCUUUUCAUUUCUUCAUCUCUUCUUUUACCUAUAUAUCAAAAGCGAAGAGAAACCCAAUGAAGAAACAAGAAAAUGAGGAAGAAGAAGGCUGAUUUGGAUUGUUGAGCUUAUCGUUUCUUUCUUUCAUCAUCUUCUCUACCUCUUUCUCAUCUUUCAGUUCACCAUGGCCGUUCAAGCUCAAUACGCUUCGAAUGUCUUCCUUUUAAACACUGGGCAAGAUGAGUUUUCAAUGCAGCAGCAAGGAGGAGUUUGUAUUGAUCAAUCCCAUAUGUUCAACAAUGGAAGCAAUAACAGCCCAAGGAAAAGAGGAAGAGAAGUGGAAGCGGCGGCGAUCAAUUCGUUUUCUUUGCAAACGCAACUGCCUCAAUUGAUAGACAUUUCUCAACUCCAAAGACCCAAUGGAGUCUCCACGGGACUCCGCUUAUCUUUUGGCGAUCAACAGCAACAUUUACAGCAAAAUCAAAGUUAUGAAUACCAACAUCAAAAUCUUGUUCUAAACGCCUCUGCUUUUUGGUCUAUAGUAUCUGAUGAUUUGGGUACCCAGAUCAAACGCCAGAGAGAAGAAUUGGAUCAAUACCUUCAAGCUCAGGGGGAUGCAUUGCGGCGUACGUUACUGGAGAAAAGGCAUAGGCACUACCGAGCGCUACUGAGGGCAGCGGAGGAAUCGGUGGUGAGGAGGUUGAGGGAUAAAGAAGCGGAAGUGGAGAAAGCAAAGCGCCGGAACUCAGAGCUGGAGGCGCGCGUGGCGCAACUUAACGUGGAAGCGCAGGUUUGGCAGGCGAAAGCCAGGGCGCAGGAGGCGACGGCGGCUUCGUUACAAGAACAGCUCCAACAGGCUAUUAUGAGCAGAGGGGCUGCGGCGGUGCGGGGUAGCAGGAGAGCGGAGGAGUGCGGUGAGGGAGCAGAGGACGCCGAAUCUGCUUACGUGGACCCGGAGCGGGUGGUGGUGGCUUCGGGACCGAGUUGCAAGGCGUGCCGGAAACGUUUGGCGGCGGUGGUGCUGCUGCCGUGUCGGCAUCUUUGCUUGUGUACAGAGUGUGAUCGAGUGGCGCAAGCCUGCCCGAUUUGCCUCAUCGUCAGGAAUUCUAGCGUCGAUGCUUUUCUUAAUUGAUUUUUUUAUUUUAAAAAACAAUUAAAAUAACGAAAA